AUGGGGCUCAACUUGACACUUGCAAAACUACCAAAUAACGAGCUGCAUGGACAAGGUGGUCACACUCCAAGUAACACGAGUGAUGGAACGGGAAAGAACACCACCCUUAACAACGAAUUUGACACUAUCGUCUUGCCUGUGCUUUACCUCAUUAUCUUUGUGGCAAGCAUCUUGCUGAAUGGUCUAGCGGUGUGGAUCUUCUUCCACAUCAGGAAUAAAACCAGCUUCAUAUUUUAUCUCAAAAACAUAGUGGUGGCUGACCUCAUAAUGACGCUGACAUUUCCAUUUCGAAUAGUCCAUGAUGCAGGAUUCGGACCUUGGUACUUCAACUUUAUCCUCUGCAGAUACACUUCCGUUCUGUUUUAUGCAAACAUGUAUACUUCCAUCGUGUUUCUCGGGCUGAUAAGCAUUGAUCGCUAUCUGAAGGUGGUGAAGCCAUUUGGGGACUCUCGCAUGUACAGCAUAACCUUUACGAAGGUUUUAUCUGUUUGUGUUUGGGUGAUCAUGACUGUUCUGUCCUUGCCAAACAUCAUCCUAACAAAUGGCCAACCAACUAAGGAAAAUAUCCAAGACUGCAUGAAGCUUAAAAGUCCUCUGGGAAUCAAAUGGCAUGAGGCAGUCAUCUACAUUAACAGCUGCCUGUUUGUGGCUGUGCUGGUGAUUCUGAUUGGGUGUUACAUAGCCAUAUCCAGGUACAUCCACAAAUCCAGCAGGCAAUUCAUAAGUCAGUCAAGCCGAAAGCGAAAACACAACCAGAGCAUCAGGGUGGUUGUGGCUGUGUUUUUUACCUGCUUUCUACCAUAUCACUUGUGCAGAAUUCCUUUUACUUUUAGUCACUUAGACAGGCUUUUAGAUCAAUCUGCACACAAAAUCCUGUACUACUGCAAAGAAAUGACACUUUUCUUGUCUGCAUGCAAUGUAUGCCUGGAUCCAAUAAUUUACUUUUUCAUGUGUAGGUCAUUUUCAAGAAGGCUGUUCAAGAAAUCAAAUAUCAGAACCAGGAGCGAAAGCAUCAGAUCACUGCAAAGUGUCAGAAGAUCCGAAGUCCGCAUAUAUUAUGAUUAUACUGAUGUGUAG